GGCAAAUUUAUUUCAGGUUACUGGCAAUGUUUACAAUUAGGAAUUUACCAAUUUGAUUUGGGAUAUCCUGGUAAAAUGCUUCAGAAUGUGUGCCGCGUGUGCGCCAGGUGCACAGAUAACUCGAAAUCGCUUAAACUGUUCAACAAUGGUGCUCGGAAAGUGCUGCAACAAAUCAAUUUACUCACCGGCGUUCUGCUCCACUGUGAACCUGAUUUACCCGACUGGAUGUGCGGGACCUGUCAAACGGAUCUGCAGAGCGCCAUAUCCUUUCGCGAUCGCUGCUUGAGCAGUCAAAAGAUCUUUGAGGAGUCGGUGGCCAGAACCGAAGAAACCACAACCCGCUCCUCUGUUCGUCGUAGUGCCCGCUCCCAAAGACAACGCCAUGAAGACCCCGCUCCAAACACCCCUCCCAGCCCCCUAGAGAUAAUGAUUAAGCUCGAGAACCUGAGCAAUAGCGACGAGGAGGACGAUGGAAUCGAUCAUUUGGAUUCCUGCAACGAAGCCGACAUGGAUUUGGCCAUCAAAGAGAUGUCCUCUUCUUCCGAAAAUGAAGGGCCCGCCUCACCGGUCAGGGUGAAAAGAAAUCGACGUCGUGGAGCCAAGAAAUCAGGGAAAAGUGAAAAGCGACCCAAGGUUCCUCUCCCUGUUUUCUUUUGCGAUCAGUGCGGUAACAACAUCACCGGAAAAUCCUCCUUCGAUCGUCACCUGAGGAAGCACAGCGGGAUCAGGCCAUUCCAGUGCGAACUGUGCCCCGCACGCUUCCUCUCCUCUGGCGAGCUGAAAGGCCACCAGGUAAUGCACACCGGGGAUCGGAAUUUCCAAUGCCGCUUCUGUGACCGCACCUAUGUCAACUACAGCGGACGACUGCGGCAUGAACGGACUCACACAAAUGACAGACCAUUUGUUUGUGCCCAGUGUGGCAAGGGCUUUACCAACUCGUACAUCCUCAAGAAUCACAUGCUCAUCCAUACAGGUGAGCGGCUGUUCAGAUGCGACCUGUGCCAUCGGUCAUUUGCGCGACCCACUCACUUAAAGACACACUACCGCUCCAAUACCCACAAACACAAUGUGGAGAAAGCGAAGGCAGAGUCGGGUGAAAUUCAGCUGCCACAAUCGUUGCCAGCGGGGCAGGCUAAACUUGAGGCGGGAAAUGAGCCGGAGCCAGAAGCUAUUGCCUUUACGAUAGAAGUGCCUUUGCCCGCGGAGCAGGAGCAGGAUGCAUCUUUGGAUCUGGGAACCCUGGGAUCAACCACUCUGAUGUAUAGUACAAAUUAGACCAUUAACGAAUUAAUCUCAACCUUGAAAAAGCCAAAUAUAGUUUAAAUAAUAUAGUGUUUUAAUAAAUCCUUAAAGGGGAAAACCUGAGCUAAAUUUUAAAGAAUUGGAAAAUUAAAGAUGACUUAGUGUCUUAAAAAUAAUAUACCAAGAGACAGAACAAAUAUAUUCUAUCUUUAAAAAUA